AUGUUGCUCACAGCAUCGGCUCGUGGUCGCGUGACGGCGACCAUGCUAUGGCGUCGACAGGCGACAGGACGGCUGCUUCCCGCAGUGGCCUCGUCGGUCGAUAGUCCAAUUGGUCCUUCCAGUGGUCCUUCUUGGAUCACUACUGCUGGUACAUGUAGUGGUAGAACUGCUAAUAAUGUCAUGGCGGUUCGACACUUUUCGGCCAAGAAUCGCAAACGAAAAGAAGAACGACGAAAGAAACGAGAUCUCAAAAAGCAACUCCAAGGAGAAGAAACCCAACGGGAGGAGCCAGCGUCCAAGCCAGAACCGCCAACGGUAGACGAAGCCAAGCCAUCACUACCUCCUGUGGUGACACAAACCAAGGCUGGCAGUCUCACCGACACGACAACUACUAAUACUACAACAAAUUCGUCCCCUACCAUUACCGUGGAUGGUGUCACGGUAGCAGCGGCAGCUCCCGACGAUGAAGAGGAAGAAGAAUUUGUGCCCAAGUAUUCCUUGCCCGAUCGAGAAAAGGAAACCGAAUUGAUUCAACGACAAACUCAAGUUUCCCAACUCUACAAGGAAGGACGCUACCAACAAGGUCUCGAAUUAGCCGAAGAAACACUGGCCGCCAUGAAAGAGCACUACACGACGGACGAAUUUCAUCCCGCCACGGCCAGUGCCUAUUUAAAUGUCGGUUUGUUUCACAAACAACUCGGACAUUUCGAUAAAGCCAAGGAUCACUACCAACACGCCCUUCAAGGAUACCAAGAAACCGUGGGAACCGAUCAUGCGUCGUACGCCAUGGUAUUGCACAAUCUUGGAAUUCUACAUCAAUCCCAAAUUCAUUUCGAUUCCAAUCUCAAGGCGACCGAACGGUUGCGACUCAUGGAACAGGCGCUGGAAUACCUCGAACGGGCCUAUCAGAUUCGAAAGGUCGAAUUGCCACCGGCGCAUCCGCAUAUUGUCGCCACGCAAUCGGCCAUGGGAAUGACAUUGACGGCACAUAUAUUGCAUCAACACAAACCCGUGUCUACUCAAGGAGACAAAGCAGCAGACAAGGUAGUCCCCAUGGCAGCCAGUUACCGAUCGGUAUUGCCACCACAUGUCACGGAACAAUCCUGGGAAGCGGCCGAAUUGCAUUUGCGCACAGCACUCGACAAGGCAUUGCGGAAUCCAAAGGGAGAAUCCUCCUUGAAGCGAGCCGAUCGAAAUCAUUACUUGAACCUGCAACGCAAACAGGCAUUGCAUCAAAAACACCACACUACUAAGGACAAACAAAAUGAAAAACAAGACGACAAUACGCAUCAUCCUCCAUUGCAAACCAGCAGUGCCGCCACUUCGGCGCAAAAUUUAGCAGUCUUUUUAAAGGCACGAUCCACCACCAUAGAAACAAUUCGACCCCAGUACAAGGCAUGGGUCAAAGAGGCAGAAGAUUUGUACCAGACGGCCUUGCAAGUACGAAUGGCGUUGCUGCCCAAGGGACACCCGGAUAUUUACAUUACCCAGUAUUCACUUGCAGAGCUCUACGAGUAUACGGGACAAGAGGAAUUGGCGCAAGCUCUGCGACAAACGAUUCUGGAUACGUAUGAUCCACCAACGCAACAGCAACAAGAAGAACAACAACAAGAGCAGAAGCAAUAG